AUGAUCUGUCUAAUGUCUAAUUCAAUCAAAGUUGGUUUGGGGCGGAACGAAACUGGUGAUACUGGUGCUCGAGUAUUAAGUGAUGCAUUACAAGUCAUUGAAAGUCCAACUCAACUUGGUUUAAGUACGACCGAAAUUGGUGCUUAUGGUGGUCGAGCAUUGAGUGACGCAUUACAAGUUAGUCAAAACCUAACUCAACUUUCUUCAUAUGACAACGGAAUUGGUGAUGAUGGUGCUCGAGCAUUAAGUGAUGCAUUACAAGUCAAUCAAAGUCUAACUCAACUUGAUUUAGCUAAGAACGAAAUUGGUGCGUCAAGAUCUGAGUCAAUAUGGAGUAGUUAUGCGCCGGUAAUGAUUUUAUCAUUUGGAAUGACAUAG